AGGGCGAACGAGCAACUUGUCGCGGUUGGAAGCACAAGAGCAAAGAGAAUUAAGCGUUAUAGGCUGUAUUUCCGUCAUUGGCAUCUUGCAAGCACCGCAGCUGGCACAUUGUCGUCGCAUCCGCCAUCGCAUCCUCCCCCCCUAAACUAAACACCCAGCCCGAAGCAUCACCAAGCCACCAGUCAACAUGUCUACCCCGCCCGUGCCCUUUAACCGACUUAAGCAGAUUGCCACAGAUGUGUGCAACAACGCUAUCGGCAGUGCGGAAUUCUACGACCACGCCAAGACUGAGCAAUGGAACUCGACCAUCAUCAGCUCCAUGCUGAAAGCGCUCAUUUCUGAGGCGACUCCCCAAGGCGCUACUUCUCCCUCAUACAAGUUCGCCUGCAACAGCACCAUUGUCCAGCACCUUGUUCCCACAUCCGCCCUGAACAAGUCCCGCGGCGGCACCGACACCAAGACGGAGGAGCCUCACGUGUCGACGAGCACAGAUGCCACCGCAACGGACGGCAAGCCGCACGUCGGCCGACGAGGAAUGCACAGCGCAACCGGCGCAUACUGGGACGAGAAGAAGGACGGCAUGUGGACUUUCAAGUACGACGGAGGCGAGGGCAAGGGCAUGGACGUGGUCAUCAUGCUGAUCUGGAUCGCCAUCUGAGGAAGCACAUAGACAAGGAACUUGGAGAGGGGGGGUGAA